CAACAUAAUCUGCUGAUCAGCAGCCUUUGUCUCCUCAGCAUCCCAACUCUGCAUCCAUCCUUGCGCGAUGCUCCAAUCGGACUGGGCCGCCGUCAGAGGAGUGUCUGCCGGAAGUCAGUAAACAUCGGGCUCGUCUCCCUUCCGUCAUGGUGCAAAAGUCGCGGAACGGCGGCGUGUUUCCAGGAGCCCAGGCCGACCAGAAGAAGCUGAAGGUCGGUUUCGUGGGUCUGGAGGCCGGGGGGACCGAGUCCAGCAGGGAUGGAGCUCUACUCAUUGCAGCUGAUGAAGGUCCUCGCCGGCAGCGCAGCAGCGUCUCAGGAGUCAGGAAGCCCCCCAAAAGAAACGCCCUUUACAGGCGGCUGCAGAACUUUCUGUACAAUGUCCUGGAGAGACCGCGAGGCUGGGCCUUCAUCUAUCACGCCUACGUGUUCCUCUUGGUCCUCUCCUGUCUGGUCCUGUCCGUCUUCUCCACCAUCCGAGAAUACGAGAAGAGCUCAGAGGACGCUCUCUACAUCCUGGAAGUGGUGACCAUCGUGGUGUUCGGGGUGGAGUACAUGGUUCGCAUCUGGGCUGCCGGGUGCUGCUGUCGCUACAGAGGCUGGAGAGGUCGACUAAAAUUUGCCCGGAAACCGUUCUGUGUCAUCGACAUCAUGGUGUUGAUUGCGUCCAUAUCGGUGCUGGCCGCGGGGACGCAGGGAAACGUCUUUGCCACCUCGGCUAUCCGCUCGCUGCGUUUCCUUCAGAUUCUCAGAAUGAUCCGAAUGGACCGACGGGGAGGAACCUGGAAGCUGCUGGGCUCCGUGGUGUAUGCCCACAGCAAGGAGCUGAUCACUGCCUGGUACAUCGGCUUUCUGUGUCUCAUUCUGGCCAGUUUCCUGGUUUAUUUGGCAGAGAAAGAAGACAAUGAGCAGUUUGAGACUUACGCAGACGCCCUCUGGUGGGGAUUGAUUACUUUGACAACCAUCGGUUAUGGAGACAAGUUCCCGAUCACCUGGAAUGGACGCCUGCUGGCAGCAACCUUCACUCUCAUUGGAGUGUCCUUCUUUGCCCUUCCAGCUGGCAUCCUGGGUUCUGGUUUUGCUCUAAAGGUUCAGGAGCAGCACAGACAGAAACACUUUGAGAAGAGACGUAACCCAGCAGCUGGACUCAUUCAGGCGGCGUGGAGGGUGUACGCCACAAAUUUGAGUCGCUCCGACCUGACGUCAACGUGGGACUAUUACGAGAGGACUGUGUCUGUCCCCAUGUACAGGUUAAUUCCUCCCCUCAAUCAGCUGGACCUUCUGAGGAACCUGAAGAACAAGUCAGGACUUUCAUUCAGGAAGGACGUCCAACCAGAACAGUCUCCUAGUCAGAAGGUAAGUCUGAAGGAGAGGGUCUUCUCAUCUCCACGCAGUUCAGGAACCAAAGGAAAAAAUUCUCCACAAAACGUGGUCCCAGUGGUUGGACCAGGAGUUGCUCCUGGAGUUCCUGGUGUCCCUGGGGGUGUUCAGGCCUUACGACGAUCCCCAAGCAUAGAUCCCAGUCUGGAGGACAGUCCCAGUAAGGUCCCUAAGAGCUGGAGCUUUGGAGAACGCAGCAGAACCAGACAGGCCUUCAGGAUCCGAGGAGCCGCUUCCCGUCAGAACUCUGAAGUUCUCAUAGAGAUGCAGGAUGAAGAGUUCAGACAGAAGAGCUCACCAGAUGCCAGUCUACCAGGAGAAGACUUGGCCGACGACAACAAGAGCUGUCACUGCGAGUUCGUCUCGCAGGACCUGACGCCAGGCAUAAAGGUCACCAUCAGAGCCAUUUGUAUCAUGCGCUUUAUGGUGUCCAAGAGGAAGUUUAAAGAGAGUCUUCGUCCCUAUGACGUCAUGGAUGUAAUUGAGCAGUAUUCGGCAGGACACCUGGACAUGCUAGCACGCAUCAAGAACCUUCAGUCCAGAGUGGACCAGAUCGUGGGCAGAGGAACACCAAUCACAGAAAAGGACCGACCCAAGGCAGCAGGGGAAGAACUACCCGAGGACCCAAGCAUGAUGGGACGACUGGGGAAGGUGGAGAAGCAGGUCCUGUCCAUGGAGAGAAAGCUGGACUUCUUGGUCAACAUCUACAUUCAGCGAAUGGGAAUCCCUCAGGCAGAGACAGACGCCUACUUUGGAUCCAAGGAGCCUGAACCGGCGCCGCCCUACCACAGUCCAGUGGAGCAGCUUGAGAAGAGCCAGUCCAGUCACAAGAUCCUCCAGGUGUUGCCAGGCGACAGUACGGACAAGAGUCAUUUUGGGACGAAGAUAGUCCGCUCCAGCAGUUCUAUGGGACACAGGAACUACAACACUGCCACCUGCACCCCCUCCACCUCAUGGCAGCCAAUCAGCUCCCACCUUCACCAGCAGGCCCCUCACUCUCCUCAGCGCAGCCAUGGUAACACACCAAGCCCGAAGGGGGACGCCUCGCUUGUUCGACUUCCGCCGCCUCCAGCAGGAGAACGACACGGCGGGAACCGUUCCCACCGCCACAACGCUGCAGAGCGCGGGGCGGCUGAGAGGCCCGAGAGAGGGGCAGAGUGCGCCGAUGGAGAAGGUAGACAAGAGGAGGAGAAGUUGGACAGCGACGCCUCUGCAUCCAUUCCGUCCGUAGACCACGACGAGCUGGAACACUCCUUUAGCGGCUUCUCCAUCUCGCAGUCCAGAGAGAACCUGGACUUCCUCAACAACGGCUUCUACUCAGCUGCCGCUAACCAGGGGGACCAUCGUGGGGUGGGCGGGGCUUCCUGCUGCACUACCAUUCGACCAUACAUAGCACAGGCCGAGUCGGACUCAGACUCGGAGCUCUGUGCCCCGUCCCCACACUCAGAUCGGGCCUGGACCGGAAACAAAUAGGGUAGUGUAAAGUGGGAAGAACUAG